AGGCCGGGGUGCCCCAGGCUGGGGACCACGCCGGGCCAGGCCGACUGCUCCUGCUUCCCGGCUCCUCACCGGCCAUGCAGGGGCCCAGGCGAGCACGGGGAGCUCCCCUGGGGGCCGUGCUCACCCCCCGCGAGAGGGCCCUGCUCCGUGCGGCCGAGCCCGCGUCCAGGAGGACCACAGUGGAGGAUGCGCCCGCCCAGCGGCCAGCCCCACCGCGGGGGCACCGGCAGCGGCCACAGGAGCUGGUGGAGGCCCAUGAACGCCACAUGGCCGAAAUCCGGGCCAGGACCCAGCAGCUGGAGCAGCAGAGAGAGGGGCUGUGCCAGCGGCUGGCGGCACUGCGGGCUCAGGCAGCCAUGGAGGCCCAACCUCCCAGCCAGGGGGAUGUGGAGCUGACCCAGGCCCCCGCAGCCCCGCAGGACCCGGUCAGACACCUGGAUGCAGCACACAGACAGGCCACCCUGCACCUCGACAGCCUCCUGCCAGCCGCCGGGCCGCUCGCCGCCGAGGCCAGGGCCCUGCGCCUGUCGUACCUGCGAGCUGGGGGACACGACCCGCACAUCCUGGACCAGCUCCUCCACCUCCAGGUGGAGGCCACGGUGCUGGAGAAAGGACCCCAAGGGCAGCACAGAGGCAAGAGGCCAAAGCCCUCCAGCACUGGUGCUCGGGGCCUGGAUGCGGCGCUGCUGGUGGUAGAGCUGGAGAACCGGCGGCUGGAAGAUGAGCUCUUGGCAGUGAAGGUCAGGAGGGAGAGGAGAGCUGAUGCCGGCUCACAGGCAGCCCAGCGGCAGGCACAGGAGCUGGCCCAGCUCCAGGCAGAGGUGGGGAUGCUGCAAUGCCACACGGAGUGGAUGGGUCCUCGGCUGCCCCCCACCAACCUCCCACCCCCCGUGCGCCCCCCCCUCCCACCAGCCCUGGCUGCACCAGAGCUUCUCGUGGACUUUCCCAGGCCUGCCCUGGGCCCAGGCAGCCCCACAGCCCCCGGCCACCCCCAUGUGCCCCGGGGCCUCACCUCUUUUGUGGCUCUGGAAGAUCCUCCACCACCUGCUCAGGAGCUCCCAGCACAGCACAAACCUCCCCAUCCCCAGAGCCCGUUCUAGGGGAAGCCCAACAAGAGGUAAUCACAGCUCACCCCUGAGAGAGCAAAGCCCGUGGUGAAUUUCAUCGUAUCUGCCACGUUUAAUAAAUAGCUUCAGCCUCUUGGUCUUCA